GCCCUUAUCCCGGGCGCGGGCGGCCGGGGUUCAGAGUGCGGGCCGCGGAGCGGGCAGCGCGGUCUCGGCAUGGGUCCGCGCGCUGGGCCUGCGCGGGCGAUGCCGCCCGGUCCUCCCUGACGCCUGACGCCGAGUGUCGCCGCCCCGAUGGCCGCCGAGCCCCCAGCGCUGCGCCUGCGGCCGCCGGGAAACACCGGAGACAGCCCGCCGGUGCCGCGCCUGCUCGGAGGCUGCGUGCCGCUGUCGCAUCAGGUGGCUGGCCACAUGUACGGCAAGGACAAAGUGGGCAUACUCCAGCACCCAGAUGGCACAGUUCUGAAACAGCUACAGCCACCGCCACGGGGCCCAAGAGAGCUGGAAUUUUAUACCAUGGUUUACGCUGCUGACUGUGCCGAUGCUGUUCUCCUGGAGCUGCGAAAAUACCUGCCCAAAUACUAUGGCGUCUGGUCCCCCGCCACCGCACCAAACGCAGAUGUGUACCUAAAACUGGAAGAUGUGACUCAUAAGUUUAACAAGCCCUGUAUAAUGGACGUGAAGAUUGGGCGGAAGAGCUACGACCCCUUUGCGUCAUCAGAGAAGAUCCAGCAGCAAGUCAGCAAGUACCCUCUGAUGGAGGAGAUCGGGUUCCUGGUGCUCGGCAUGAGGGUUUAUCAUCUUCACUCUGACAGCUACGAGACACAAAACCAGCACUAUGGAAGAGGCCUGACAAAAGAGACCCUGAAGGAAGGCGUCUCCAAGUUUUUCCAUAAUGGCUUCUGUUUAAGAAAAGAUGCGAUUGCAGCCAGUAUUCAGAAGGUUGAGAAGAUUCUCCAGUGGUUUGAAAAUCAGAAGCAGCUUAACUUUUACGCAAGUUCUUUACUGUUUGUUUAUGAAGGUUCAUCUCAGCCAGCUACUACAAAAGCAAACGAUAGAACUUUGGCGGGGAGGUUUCUCUCCAAAGGACCCCUGUCGGAUGCGGAUGGCCUGGAGUGCAAUAACAACUUCCACCUGUUCGGCGCCCCGCCCAACGGGACGUCAGUGGGCAAGAGCUUAUCGAAGGCGUACUCGAGGCACAGAAAGCUGUAUGCAAAAAAGCACCAGAGUCAGACUUCCCUGAAAGUCGAAACUCUGGAGCAAGACAACGGGUGGAGAAGCAUGUCCCAGGAACACUUAAACGGAAAUGUGCUUGCCCAACUGGAAAAGGUGUUCUACCACCUGCCCGCGGGUCGUCAGGAGAUCCCGGAAGCGGAAGUGCGGAUGAUAGACUUUGCUCACGUGUUCCCUAGCAACACAGUCGAUGAGGGGUAUGUUUACGGUCUGAAGCAUCUGAUUGCCGUGCUUCGGAGUAUUUUAGACAGUUGAGUCUUGCUGCAGUCUGUGAAGGAGCGGGCCAAUCACCAUGGAGAGCUGCAGGCGUUAGCCGAGCACCUGUACUGCUCUGUAAAAAAUUUGUAUUGUGAGUCAGCGUUUUAUUUGUCUUUAUACUUUUGGUAGAUGGUUAACUUUUUUAUAUUCUUACUCAGGAAUACUAAUUUGUUCAUUAGAAAACUAUGAAGAAUAAAGAAAAAGGAAUGUCGAGCAGGGAAUGUGUGGGACACGGAGCAAACAGCUGAAACACUCGCAGAUCAUUACGCGGUCAUUUAGAGGUCACAUAGCUUUCUGUAGCCAGUCACCAUGAAAUCUGUCUACCCAACCUUGCCAGUGAGCCGACCCUAAACUAUGACUUUAUCAGACCACCCUAAGAUCUAGAAAGGGUCCCUAAAACUGGAGAAGAUUUUACACGGAACCGAGGCUCUGUGGGUUCUAUAUUAAAGGCAGAGCGCAGCGCAGCACAGCGAAUGAAAGAAAGGUGCUUAAACCAGCAGGGCUCCCUCCGGUCCUAUCUGCUCAGAGCUGAGCAUCAUGGGAAGGGGAGUGUCAGGUGGUCUGCAGCAGCUAAUGGCACAAAUAUUCCUCCCUAGGGUCAAGAGAAGAGAGAUUAUUUGUAAAGAACAUAACUACCUUUUUCUUUUGUUUUAAAGAAUUUCACUUACGGAAAAGUCUUCAUUUACUAUGUUGUGAAAGCUGUCAUAAAGCACCCUGCUUUUUAUGACCAGUCUGAGGCUCCCGAGAGGUGAAUGGAGGAAACUUUGUUUUAUUUCUUCUUUAAUUUUUGAGAGUUGUUUCCGUUUUAGAAAAUCCAGUUUUUAAAAUGUAUCCCCAUUGCCUUUUUAAGCCUUAGCAUAAACAUUUCUCAGAAUUUGUUUAAGCAUCAACAGAGCGCUGUGCCCAGUGCACCGGAGGAAUGCUGCUUAGGUUUCACUCCCAUGGUGUCUAACAGAUCCUAGUUAAGUUCACUCGAAGCAACAGGCAGGCAACUUUUCCUUGAAAAAAAUAGAUUUAUAAGUGUCAUGUUUAUUUUACCACUGCCGCCUUUUUCAAAGUUAACUGUUUGUCAUGGAAGUAUUUUCAAAACUGAAAUUAAAUUUGCAAAUCCCUUUGCUGCCCUUGUUUGCUCUUUGACCUGCUGAUGUGAUAAAAUAACUGAACAGCUUGUCCUUUCUAGACAAGCCUUGAGUCACGACUUGACCUUUUUUUCCUUUUAACCUCUUUUUUGCUUGAGAUUUACAAACCAAACUGCUAAAUCCAAGAAUCAUCCUCUGUAAUGUGGAGGGGCUUUUUCAGUCCAAACGCAGUUUGCAAAUGCCCACGCUCAAGUGAGCAGGAAAGGAAUGGGUCAUCAGCCAGAGUGGGUCUGGUUAGUGAGCCUUUUAGGGGUUUUCUCUGGGAGGCUGCAGGUGUUCAAAAGAGCGACACAUUCUCUGUGAGGUGUCGACUGACUAUACCUAUUUUUUUUCCUCUCAUUUUGUGGGAGUGAAUUUUAAGUGAUAAUUAUUAGAAAACUUUCAGUUUGACCGUUUUUCUUACAAAUUGACUUGUUAUCUGGGUGUGAUUCAGGAACUCUCAAGCCCAUCUGGUGAACACUAUUUUGACUCUUAAGAGGCAGUUUGAGAUGGUAUCAGCCUAUAUACAGGGAAUUAGGAAACUCAAGUAUUCGAAACUUUGGGCACACUUCAGCUCAGUAAAGUCUCCGAUCUACAACUGUUUCAAACAUUUCGGAAGCCAGCAUCCUAUGCCUUUCCGACAAGUAGCUUUUGUCUGAAUAAAACAGGAAUUGAUUCUUCUCCCUGCUUCUUAGGGAAGGGGUUAGCAUUCAGUUCUUCUCGUUUACAUUUUACCAACUGCUGGCCACUUUGUAUUAUUUUGUGUUCCUUGAUGCCAUGAUCAACAUGUUCAUGAUGUAAGCCACCUGUGGCGGGUGUUUCCCAGUCUGUCCUGUCUUUAAAAAUGAUGCUGAGAUUUGCCACUUUGGGGAAGAGGCAUCUGUCACUAACCACGCAUAUGUGAACACACGGAUAUUUAAGAAAUAAGCAAAUGAGGAGGUUGAGCUGGUGUGCUGCUAGCCGCCCCCUCUCCCCUCAACAUGAUCUGAGUGUGUUCCUUAUGGGAUGCACUCAUGGAAAGGACUUGUGGGUGUGAAUACAUGUCUCAAAUAAAAGUUUAAAUUGUAAAAUAGUUUUAUAAUAAAGUAUUUACAUUAAUUAUUUUAAUAUGGAUGGAAGUUGCAUAAAUUAUAAUUGUGAACUAUUUAAAUAGUCUUUCAAGAGAGUUUUGAAAAAUGUAUGUAAGUGGCUUUGAUGGCCGUGGUGUUAAAUUAGUAUGGGAUGCUUUGUCUUGUGUGUUCGGAGGGGGCCUUGGCCCUCUACCUGUCUAUACUACAGACAGAUUGUUACUGUGGCCCCGCAGGCUGUCAGGCCGAGUGACAGCCUAUUCCGAAUGCUGGCGUCCUGUGAUGCAGCUGCCCGAGCUCUCCACAGCGUUGCCCUUGCUGUCAGGUCUAUGAACUAUCAAAUUUAUAACAUUUGGGGGGAAAUGAAUUUCCAUAAUGACCUCCAUUGCGAUCUUUUUGUUGUUAGGAUUUGGAAUGUGUAGGCAGGAGGAAGGGCUGAGCUGGGAACUGACUGGCUCUGACUGUUAAUACCACUCCCCUUGAGGUCUGAUGUCCAGACUUGCUUGGUUGACGCAGCUGUUUAUACCGCUGUCCUUGCAGACCCUCAACCGAUCGUGGGUUUUGUGUACCUGUAGCUUCCAUUGCCCUUUGUCUUGCCCCCUACAAUGGUUCAGUUGCCCAGGAACAUCAAGUCCCUUUUAAGAAUGGUCCGUUUGGUUACUCUCAGGGUAGUGUCUGGGGGGCCUGGCCCCUCAGUUCACUCAGACUCAAGCCUGCACCUCGCCAAGCAUUUUCAACCCUUCUCCCUGACAUGUGCACUGGUGAACCAGUCAGGACUGUACAUUUCCAGCACCCUGUCUAGGUGGAGAGGUUCAUGGGGAUGUCUUUAAGACAGAGAUACACCAACCCCUGUAUUUAAAGCUGUUAAAGAUAGUGUUUGGGUAAAGAUUAAGUGCUAAGUAUUGAGCUACAAUGGAGGCCGAUGAUUUGGGGGCUGAGAUCAAGGGAAGCCUUGACUCUCCAGCUGGGUGGCAGUUACAGACAGCCUAAAACAGCCUUAAAGUGAACACUCUUAAGACAUGCUCGUAAAGGUACAUUCAGCCUUCUCCUCUGGAAUAAUAAAUAGCACAGUGUGACUAUGGUUGCUCCUCACUGGUGCAAACCUUUUAAACCUCAAGUUUUCAAAUUACUGGGAUUUCAGAUUUGUCAGCGAAUGUGUAGGUAUUUCUUGACUUCAGAGCAGCUCUGUUUUAACAUCCAAUACUGAUUGAUAUCUUGAGACGGAUUCAGAAUCUUCGCUGUCAAUAGUGUGUCUUCCCACUUGCUUCAAUAGCUUCUAUCAAAAACCACCAUGAUACGUGCCAGUAAAUCAGACAGUCAAAUUUAAAAAAAUACAAAAACAAAAACAAUAAAAAUGUGUGGUGUGGUGAAACUUUGGCCUGGUGUUCACUUAAAAGAUUAAAAGGUUAGUUAUUGAAGGUAGGGUUUCUGGUCCCCUGUGGUGGAAGAUGGGAAAUCACACCCAGUUGUGUUCUCAGUAACAUCCAGGCAGCAGUGCCAGCCCCUCCCCCUGCCCCCCCCCCCCGUUACUUGAUGAAUGAAUGUAUCACUGUACUUGGUGUAAAUGUCUCUAGCUUUCUUUUUCUCAGUGUUUGUAAUUUGUACUAUUGACGGGAUAUUCUUGGAGUGCAAGGCUCAUCACUGUGUUUCUAGAAUCAUCUAAUGUGAUAUACCAAUUUUUAUAAGCGAUAUUUAGAUAACUCUAAUAACUGUACAUUCAACAACUUAUUAAAAUGUUUUGCAUUGGAGUGUC